AUGUCCUGCUCUAUGUCCUGCUCUAUGGUGCUCUAUGUCCUGCUCUAUGACCUGCUCUAUGACCUGCUCUAUGUCCUGCUCUAUGUCCUGCUCUAUGUCCUGCUCUAUGUCCUGCUCUAUGACCUGCUCUAUGACCUGCUCUAUGUCCUGCUCUAUGUCCUGCUCUAUGACCUGCUCUAUGUCCUGCUCUAUGUCCUGCUCUAUGUCCUGCGCUAUGACCUGCUCUAUGUCCUGCUCUAUGACCUGCUCUAUGUCCUGCUCUAUGUCCUGCUCUAUGACCUGCUCUAUGUCCUGCUCUAUGACUUGCUCUAUGACCUGCUCUAUGACCUGCUCUAUGUCCUGCUCUAUGACCUGCUCUAUGACCUGCUCUAUGACUUGCUCUAUGACCUGCUCUAUGACCUGCUCUAUGACCUGCUCUAUGUCCUGCUCUAUGUCCUGCUCUAUGUCCUGCUCUAUGUCCUGCUCUAUGACCUGCUCUAUGACCUGCUCUAUGACUUGCUCUAUGACCUGCUCUAUGACUUGCUCUAUGACCUGCUCUAUGACUUGCUCUAUGUCCUGCUCUAUGACCUGCUCUAUGUCCUGCUCUAUGACCUGCUCUAUGUCCUGCUCUAUGACUUGCUCUAUGUCCUGCUCUAUGACCUGCUCUAUGUCCUGCUCUAUGACUUGCUCUAUGUCCUGCUCUAUGACCUGCUCUAUGUCCUGCUCUAUGACCUGCUCUAUGACCUGCUCUAUGACUUGCUCUAUGACCUGCUCUAUGACUUGCUCUAUGUCCUGCUCUAUGUCCUGCUCUAUGUCCUGCUCUAUGUCCUGCUCUAUGUCCUGCUCUAUGACCUGCUCUAUGACCUGCUGAAGGGCUUUCAGCUCAAACCCUGA